UUUUCGUCACUCCGCUCUACCGCUGCGCUAUGCUCAGAUCCCCCGGGCGCAACUCUGUCCACGGAAAUUCAAGCCAAAGGGGUUUUAUAGGGGCACGCCCACUUCAAGGACAUGGCAGUUGCUCCGAGCUGAAAGUCAAAGAUCCUUGGAGGUCAGUCACAGCUGAAGCCUUGCAGAGUUGGGAGCAUGGCCGGGGCAGGACUGAUUACCCCGCCGGUAUGGGCCGCUGCACCGCAGGCCCUCAUCUCGAGGGCGGGGACGUCAAGGGGCUGGCAUGCGGAGGUGCCGCGCUUCCUCUGCCACUUGCACCCGCAGAAUGGCUUAGCUGUGCGUCCGCUGCCUAGCAAAAGUUUGGCCGAGUUCCAAAAUCCAGGAAGGAGCUUUUCCCCUACCCAGGUUUCCUCGCAUGAGCGCUCAUGCAGAUCUUUUGACAUCAGAUCUGAGGUCAGCGGGCGCAGUGGGAAUUGUGCGGAGUCCUGCCAGCGCGGUGGAAGCCUGCCAGGGAAGCGAGCGCUCCCCUUUGCGGCGCCAAGUCCCCAGAGCUCAAGGGCGAGGAGUCGUUUGCAUGCCCUUGCAGGACCUUUGCUAGAUAGAUUGAGGGGUCAAAAGCGGCAUGCAACAGAGGGCGAUGAGGAUCUUCAGCUCCGGGAUCUCCUGGAAGAUCUCAAUCAGAGGAUACAAGAUCUGAAUAGUCAGUUGAGAAGCAGCCAGCGUGAAGAUGGGGGUGGAGAGGAUGGUGGCGAACGCGUGCCCUUGCUGAAGACGGUCAAUGUUCCGGCACAUCUUGUGCUCAAGAAAAGUGAGAGUGAAGCAGUGGCUGCUUCUGAGAAGAAGGGACAGGAGGCUGCCUUGGAAGAAGAGUGGACACCCUCGGCGCUGACCACGAUGUUGGUUGACUACUCAAUGAUGGUCGCGAGCAUCUGGGCAAUGAAUGGAACCAUCAAGCAAGCUCUUGGGCAACAGGUGCCUGCCGUGGCCAUGAGUGCGGUCAAUUCCAUUGGCCAACCUGCCCUCGACGCUGUCAAGAGUGUGGCGCCACCAGUGGUGAAAUACAUAGGGGAGCCAGCCAUGGUCGCUGUGCGCUAUGCAGGGAUUCCUCAGGGCAUCGGCCGUGUUUCUGAUUUCAUCCGUUCGACCCCCGAUCUCCGGGGUAGGUUGGGGGGCAACAGGAAUAGGAGGAGGCUUAGCGGCGUUGCAGCAGCAUCUAGGCUAGAUAGGCAGGGCUCGCAGUCAGUAGAUGAUAACCAGUAUGACUUCACGGAUAUAGUGUCGGCAGCUAACCGGCAGUCAUUGGAUUGUGACGACCAGGGUGAGGGCUCGGCAGCUGAUGCCAGCCCAAGCUGGUGGAAAGGCACCCUAGGCAGCUGGGAGCCCCUUCGGUGGUGGGGCUCAUCAGGAGAGGGCAAAGCAAGUGAGGAGGAGGGAGCGGCUGCAGCGCAGGACCCUCUGAUCUGGCCCCGCCUUACUGCUGCUCGAGAGGCGAGUACCGCACAAGGCAGUGGGGAGACUAGCAUACCAGAAAAGCUGGGUGAGGCAGGGGUGAUUGCUGCAGGGGAGGGAAUUCUGGGAGCAAAGGUUGCAGGUGCUCAGGAGCAGCCGUCAGAAGCACCCGGGUGGGAUGGGGGCCAAAAGGGCGAGGACCCGCAGCAGCCCCUCGGUUUCAGCUUCAGUGCGGCGGGGCUCUUGUUUCCGUAUCACCUGGGGGUGUGCCAAAAGCUUAUGGAGGCGGGCCUUCUCACGGACAAGACUCCGCUGGCUGGCAGCUCUGCCGGUGCCAUCGUUUCUGCUGCGCUUGGGGCGGGGGUGUCGCCCGUUGAAGCAUUGCAGAUGACCAAGGACCUGGCAAAGGACUGCCGGAAGAACGGGACUGCAGGACGGCUGGGAGCUGUUCUGAGAGGCAUCUUACAUGAGGUCCUACCAGAGAAUUGCCAUGAGAUGUGUAAUGGCAGAGUGCGAGUAGCGGUAACACAGCUGUUUCGGUGGCCUCGGGGCAUCCUUGUGGACGAGUUUUACUCAAAACAAGACGUCAUUGAAGCGCUGAUUACCUCCUCGUUUAUUCCUGGUUAUCUGGCCCCAGCUGCGGCGAACGUGUUUCGAGAUCGGUACUGUAUCGACGGUGGUAUGACGCUGUUCAUGCCUCCGACAGCUGGGGAGGAAACGAUCCGUGUCUGCGCCUUCCCGGCUUCUGCGUAUGGGCUCCAAGGUGUACAGAUCUCCCCCGACUGCAAUCCAGAUGGCCGUGUCAGCCUCCGACAGCUUUUGUCGUGGGCUCUUGAGCCGCCCUCCGACGGCAUUCUGGACGAGCUGUAUCUGCAAGGCCAUGCGGAUGCUGCUGUUUGGGUGAACAGUCGGACGUCUGCAAACAAGGAGGGCGCGGACUUUCAAUUGGCUCAAGUGUAGGGUCCUCGGAUGAGGCAGGUGGCCGCCUAUUGAUGGUAUAGAAAGCUAUGCUAGAAAAUGUCCGACAUGCAAAUUCAAUUGCUGGCAGCAACAUUGUACAUACUUGGCAAAAAUUGAAAGGCUUAUGCUUUACGUGAUAGACAACGGCUUACAUAGAAAGAAGCUCAUAUAGAAGAGAGUAAAGCGAAUUCGAGAUAUUUUCCAAACAACAUUGCUUGCCUAAAUCUGCACAUGAAUCUCUGCAACUUUGAUGUGUUUUGUCACUUCCACUUCGCGACAUUAGAUAAGGAAGACAAAUCUCAUCAUUGGUACACGGUUGAGAUUGGGCCAAUGACUUCCCC